AGUUGUUAACAUAACGCCUCGUGGAUAUGUUUCGCGAUCUGAAGGAUUAGUGUUUCAACAUCCCGCCGGCCGCAGUGGCCGAGCAACUCUAGGCGCUACAUUCUGGAACCGCGCGAUCGCUACGGUCGCAGGUUCGAAUCCUGCCUCGGGCAUGGGUGUGUCUGAUGUCCUUAGGCGAGAUGAGCGGCCGCGCCGUGCUUCUGAUGGUGGCCGUGGCAGUGGGAGCGUGGCUGAGCGGCGCCGCCCCCUCCGCCUCCGGCGCCGCCGCCCCCGGGGGCGCGCGCCGCCUCGAGGAGCUGCUGCUGUCCGCCCCCUACGACGACCCCGCGCUCGUCGACGACCUGCUGGAGGCGGCCUCCAAGAGGCAGCUCGCCAGCGACGACUACGGCCACAUGCGCUUCGGCAAGCGGCAGCCCGCCGCCGCCCCCGCCGCAGCCGCCGCCGCCGCCCCCGUCCCCGUGGCCCCCCGCUUCGACGACUACGGACACUUCCGCUUCGGCAAGAGGAGGUCGCAGUGACGCGUCUAGCGCCGGCGCGUGGCAGCUGCCGCCAGCCCUGCUGUCGCUGCCUGCUGCUCGUCCCUUCGUGGCUCCACAUGUCUAAACAAUCCUCCGUUCCACGUUCUUCUCUCUUGGCGGCGGAACAUUCAGGCCCGAAUUCACAGAAAAGCUCCUCUAAGUUAACUUCCGUACAGUACUGAUAAUUCUUUCGUUGUCUGCCAUCAAAACCUUUGGACUAUGUUACCUAAGUUUGUUGUAAAUAAAUUACGUUUUUA